CCCAGCUCGGUCAAGGAUCCAGCUCUCGGCGCAGUAUGACCUCCACGCUGCCUGUCCAGACCUUGCCCUUGUUUCUGGGUCUCCUGACUGUCUUGGCUCCGGGGGCUGCAGACUUCAACAUCUCAAGCCUCUCGGGGCUGCUGUCUCCGGCGCUAACAGAAAGCCUGUUAGUUGCCUUGCCCCCAUGUCACCUCACGGGAGGUAAUGCCACACUGACGGUCCGGAGAGCCAACGACAGCAAAGUGGUGGAAUCAGUGUUCGUGGUGCCUCCAUGCCGUGGGCGCAGGGAGCUGGUGAACGUGGUGGACAGUGGGGCUGGCUUCACCGUCACGCGGCUCAGCGCAUAUCAAGUGACAAACCUAACCCCAGGAACUAAAUACUACAUUUCCUACCGGGUGCAGAAGGGGACGACCACCGAGUCCAGCCCAGAAACCCCGAUGUCUACGCUUCCUCGAAGGAACAUGGAAUCUAUCGAGUUGAGAAUGGCCCGGACGGGCGGCAUGGUAGUCAUCACAGUGCUCCUGUCUGUCGCUAUGUUCCUGUUGGUCGUGGGCCUCGUCAUUGCCCUGGGCCUGGGUGCCCGAAAAUGAGGAGGGCUCUCCUGCAGCACAGGCUCCUCCAAGUCCAGUCUGCCUUUUCCCAGGAUUCAACUGGUUUUCUCCAGUGCCUUCUCUUCCCUCUCCCUGCCUCCCUCCACUAAGUCCUUUCCUAAGCGCCCCUCUCUCUCCCCG